AUGACUGGUCAUAAUCAUUAUCAUCAUUACAAUUGCUUUUAUUCAUUGUUCAUUAUUCUGUAUUGCUUUUUAUGUAUUGAAUUCAUUCAAACAAUUGAUAGAACAGAAUUAAAUGAAUUAAAUAUAUAUGAUCCAAUGAAAUGUCGUUCUGGAAAUUAUCGUGGCAAAGUGAAUAUAGCAUUUGAUGGAACAGAAUGUUUAGAUUGGAUAGAUCAUAAAUCAUUUUAUAAACCAUAUUGGUCUGAUGAUGAAGCUAGAAAACAUAAAAAUUAUUGUCGUAAUCCAGGAAAUGAUUCUUCUGGUCCAUGGUGUGUUGUUGGUUUAGGAAGAUUUAAAUAUUGUGAUGUACCAAGAUGUGCUGAACAUAUUGGUUGUUAUGAAGGGAAUGGAGCAGAUUAUAAUGGAGAUCAAGAUCAAACAUCUGAUGGACAACCUUGUGCGAAAUGGAGAAUUAGUAAUUCACGUAAAGAAAUUGGACCAAUUUAUCGAUAUCGUCUACAAUAUAAUGAGACAACUAGUAAAUUACUAAGCACCUCCGAUUAUGAACUUGACAAUUUUCGUUCAUGUCGAAAUCCAGGCGGUGUAAAAUCCCAACCAUGGUGUUAUCCAAUUAAAGUUCGUGGUGUUUCUUCUGGUAUACAAAAUUGUGAUAUACCAAAAUGUUCUGAUCCAGGGACGCUUGGUUAUCCAUUAUUUAUUAAUGGUAGUCAAUGUAUGCCAAAUUUUGUUCUUCAAAAACAAUUUGUCAAAUUGGAAUCAUCUACUGUUGUUGUCGUUGACUAUUGUGUAGCUCCGCAUGGUUUUAUUUAUCAAAGGCAUAAUAAUGCUAAAUAUAAUAAAUUCAAACAAUUCUGUUUAUUUCUUGUCGGUAAAACAAUGUAUUGUCCAGCAGGUUUUAUGCGCACUAGACGAUUUCAACCAAGUUUAGAAUUUAUUGGUCAUCUCUCUGGUCCAACAGCAUGGAGACCAACAUUUGAUAAUAUCUUACAAAUAAUUACUUGUUGUGUAAAACCUGAAUUUUGGACUAAUUCUACACGAACUCCAUAUAUAUCUAUUGAAAAAGUUUCACAAUAUAAAGGAGACUAUGGUGCUAGUACGAGUAACAAUAAUAAUAAUAAUAAUGGUAAAGAAGCACAAGAGUUACGUAAUAUAGACACGACUAUAUCACCUUUUACAACUGAAGAUGAAGAUUGGUUUUAUUUAAAACCACGGCGUAGAAUAACAGUUGGUGAUUUCUUUCCAUUACGUCGUCGUAAAUGGAUAACAAGAUGGAAACGUUCUAUUUUUGAAAAUGAUACAGAUGAUAAUGUAGCAUCAGAAAUAACAAAUUCUGAUUCUUUAUCAUCAUCAUCAUCAUCAUCAUCAUCAUCUUCUUCUUCUUCUUCUUCUUCCUUAACAUCGUCAUCUAUAACAUCAUUGUACAAUCCAGAAACUUCAUACACUCCACAAUCUACAGUACUGGAUCCACCGUUAUUUGUUUCUAUUUAUCAAUGUCCACCAGUUAAAGGAACAAGUCGACUUGUUGCACCAUUGUUUCGUAAUGUUCUUCCUGAUGAAACACUUAGUGAUGUAUUACAAAAUUUAUUUCCUGAAAUAAGUUGUGAAUAUCGUGAAGCUAAAUCUGAAUUUAUACCAAACGCUGAAACUCGAAUUAGUCAGUUAGCUCUUCUUAUUAAUGAACCAACAUGUCCAGUUGGUUUUGUUAAAACACAAAUCUCUCGACGAGUUGUAUUCAUUCUUGGCACAAGUAUUAGUUUAUGUUGGUCAGUUUCAAAUCGUUACAAAUUAGACACAACAACAACAAAUAGAAAUCAAUUACCGAUUGGAAAUUAUUGUUUAGUAACAGAACAUUCAUUGGAUAAUGUAAAAUCGAAUUAUCUACAAGAAACUGAUAAAGAUAAACGUUACAAUUAUAAAUGUCCACAAGGUUUACGACAAAAUGAAAUCAAUUUUGUACAAGUUGGUUAUCGUUUAAAGUUGUGUUGUUCUGUAAAUUCACUAGCAAAUUUUACUGAUUAUGAAGAUGAUACUAAAUUAGAUAAAAUUAAUUAUCAAACCCCAUUAGGAAUUACAUCACCAUUUGCUAUAAUACAAAAUGGUCCAACAUGUCCAACAUUUUAUUCAGGCAAUGUUAAAUUAACAGUAGUACAAUAUAAUCGUCCAAUUCCUCGUCCAUAUGGUGAUCAAAUUGAAUUAAUUGGACCAGAUAAUCCAGUUAAGUUAGAUGGAAUACCAAACAUAAUCAUCUGUCAAUAUUUAAAUCAAGAAAUUAAAUUAGGGGUGAAAUCACUUCGUUAUGAUUGUGAUGGUUUGGGACAUCGAGAAGUUAUGAGCUAUGGUGGAGCCACUUGUGGAUUUGAAGCGAACUCUACGGUAGUUUUCCCACCUGGGAAAUAUUGUUUCUUACAAUUAUCCUCUACAUGCCCUACAGGAUUCAUAUCAAGAAGUGGUGUCGAUCGAUUCGGUUUCAGUUUACAAAGUCUUGGUAGUACAUGUUGUCGUACUGAAGAAUCAAUUGGAGCAAUUAAAUUACCAAUUAAUUUAGAAGCCCCGUUUAAACUGCCUGCAGUUUAUCAACCAUGUCAAGCAAUAGAGAAUUUCAGUGUUGAUGCUGAAUUACAUCAAUGUGUUUAUUACCCAAAAGGAAAUAGAUCACAUAUAAUGCUGGUAUGGCCACGUGUUGUUUCCAGUUUAAAUGACACUGUAAACGGGAGUGAUAAUAAUAAAACUUCUGUGCCAAAAUACUGUUCAAAGUUACCUGGAAAAAGGGUCGGAUUUAGAAGAAGCCAAUUGGGUCGUUUAUCUGCAUUAUUCUUUAAUAUAAUGCAAGAUCAAUGGUUAACAUAUAAACGACCACGUUGGACAACACGUACAAGUGAUUCAAGUGAUAUAUGCUUCAAUGAAUUGAAUUUGGAAAAUAUUCCCACAUUAAUUCAUCCAUCAACUGGAUAUUGUAUAUCAGUAUUUGGUAAUUGUCCAUAUAAAUUCUUUAGAGAAGUCGGUGCUGCACCAUAUAUGAAUACGGUUAUUUGUUGCCUUAUUAAAGAAUAUAUUUCAGAAGUCGAUAAACUUAAUCAGACAUCAUCAUCAUCAACAACAACAACAACGUCAAUAAACACACCAACAGUUCGUUCAUUUGUCACUUUGGGUUGGCCAACAAAGGAUGACAAGAGGGAAUUGAAAAAUUUCACCGGCACCAAAGUAUUAACUACGUAUGAACAAACUAAUUCACAAAAAUAUUUAAAAGACUUAAGUUACUGCCCUCAAUUUCGUGAUAUACAAUUGAAACGACGUAUUGUUGAAAGUAUGUAUAUACCAGAGAAUGUCUCAUUAUCAUCACGUCCUCAAAAUAAACAAUUGUUUGGACAGUAUAAAAAUUUACUUACAUUAUUCAAUGUCUCCAAAUCGAACGGUUUACAUUUUGAUAUUCAAACUGGUAUAUGGUCGGAAAAUGAUAUUGUACAUGUAAUAUAUUGUGAAUAUGGUACAGGUAAAACACCCGGUACAGAUGAUCAUCGAAAUUGGCCUGUAGCAAACUAUGCUAUACCAAAAUCAUUAAAUGAUUGUCCAAAAGGUUCCGUAAAAGCAACAAUGCGACAUCAACAAGAUAGAUAUGGAUUUCACUAUUCACAACCAAUUCAUCUAGAUGGAGUUUAUUUUAAGCGUAAAAAAGAUAUACUUUUGGACUAUUGUGUAUUCACUGAUGAUCAAACUGCACAUCGUACAGGAAACUAUGGAGGUGAAGAAUCUCUUCCAGCUGGUCAUUACUGUGUGCUACGCGUCAAUGGUAACUGUCCAGUAGAUUUCAGUGAAGGAUUGUUAAGUAUACUUGAAGGACCGGAAAAGCUGACACGUUCCAAAGACACCUCAGAUUCACAAAUAAAUCGAAACAUAGAUUUACUACAACAAACAACAACAUCUACACCAGAUAUUAUUCGUAUAAGAGCACAUAUGAAAGAGAGUACAUCAAAAAUUGACCGACUCAAUUAUCAUUUCUGUUGUCGAACUGAUUCACCAAGUGUUGACAGUCCAAUUGAUGGUUUCCCUGCUGAAACUGGUCCUUUUUAUUUGUACAGGGUUGGAGAUAAAUGUCAACAAAUUACUGGAAUGCAUGUUACUGAAGAAUAUAUUUGUGUAGAUGCACCUAAUCGAGGUGAUCCAAACUGGUGGUCAAUUGAUCAAAAUCAUACUUGGUCACCAUAUAAUGUGAAAGGUUUAACACCAGCACGUGUACCAUAUCAUGAUUUUUGUGAUGUUGAAAUCAAUUUAUGCUAUUAUGAACAGGCUGCUCCUGUCUCGGAAAAUGAAGUGACAGAAAGUUAUUAUUUUCAAACUGAAUGGCCAUUAGGUCAAUAUGCAUUACCGAAUGUACAUAGAAAUGAUUUAGAUAAAGCAUGUCCACCAGGAUUUACACAACAUUAUUAUUCAUUAAUUAAUAAUCAAGCAGCAUUUUUUGAAUUAGAAUUAAUGCCAAUGAGUUUAGGACCAUAUUUUUUAGAAUUAAUGGGACAUAAUUAUAGUGCAUUAAAUGUACAUUAUUGUGAAAGAAAUAAUCCAAAUAUAAAUGAUGAAUUAGUUAAUGAAACAGGAGAAGUUAUAAUUGAAGCAAAUAAUGAAGAGGAAACAGUCACUACUACUUCUUCUUCUUCUUCUUCCUCCUCAUCUCCAUCAUCAAUAAUAACGGGAUUAUUAGGAGAUGAUAAAAAACUUCCUGAGUUUCAAUGGCCUAAAGGUGAUUACUGUGUAAUAUCUACAGCUGAAAAUCAUCAAUGUCCACCAGGUCUUCAUAGACAUGCCCGAGCAUUCUCUGAACUUUGUUGUCGAACUGAUAAUAUUAAAGACCCUAAACCCGUCAACUGGCCAUUUAUCGAAGAUUUCUUCUUAUUUGGUGGUGAAAAAUGUUUACCAAUAAAAGAUACUCAUGUGGAACGUUAUCUUGUACGACUGGUUUCUGGUUCAGAAGGUAAGCAUGAACCUCAGUGGGAUGUUCUAUGCCAUUAUUUACCGAUAUCAUGGAUGAAUGACACUAUAGAAUGGCCAUCUGGUGAAUAUAUGCUUCCUAUAGGAAGACGUAGUGGCUUGCGUACAUCAUAUGUGACGACAAUUGCUGCAGAUAAUGAACAGAAUAAUACAACAGCAUCAUCUACAAAUGUUCAAGAUGGUAAAAAUUUUAUCAGUGGCAGUAAAUAUCAAUGUCCAGAAACAUUUGAACGUAAACGUUUUAUAUUUGCAAGCAGCGAAACUGAACAACAAUUAAUGAGCAAUCCGAAUACCAAUACAGAGACUAUAUUCAACAUAACCGCCUACGUGACCAUGGAAUUUUGUGUACAUACUAAUGAACAGAAUAGUAGUAGUGGUACUACAAGUAAAUUUUCAACAUGGCCUGCUGGCGAUUACUGUAUAUUUACCAUGAACACACAUUGCCCGAUUGGAAUGAAAGCUUCCAGAGAAUUUCCAUUGAAAAUCCCACGUUUCAUUCUAAAAAGUAUACAUUCCAUAUCACCAGAUGGUGAAAUAAUUCCUAACAGUCAUUGGCAUGAAGAUAUUGAAAAUCAUGUUGUUUAUUUUAUGCAAUGUUGUCGUGAAGAUAAAACUCUACUGUUACGUGUACCACCAUCAAAAGAUGGUUUUUAUUUAGCUAGUAGUUCCGGUUUAUGUUCUAGUGUACCGGGAACUGUAUUGGAUAGAGAGAAAAUUACCACCUACCUUACAUCACCAUUACAUAGUAAUAGUAAUACUAUGAUUAAUAAUCGUAAAUCAACUGUAUUAAGUGAAAAAGAUAUGCUAUUAUAUCGUGAAACACUUGCUCAACGUGAAGGUCUCCUCUAUUUAUGCUAUUAUCAUCCAGCCAAAGGAAUUGAUUAUACUACAUCAAUACUUGGUACACGUUAUUCUAUAAGUCAAAAUAUUUCUGAAAAAGAUAUUGAUGAAAUAGCAAGACUAUGUGGUUGUGCACCGAAUGCAUUUUGUUUACUAAAUAAACAAGCAGAAUGUAUUUGUAAACCAGGUUAUUUCGGUGAUGGACGUUACGUAUGCGCACCAAUAACUCCGCUAACGGAUGAAUGUGCUGACUUAUGUGACCCGUCAGCUGUAUGCGCUGAACAUUUGGGUGUUAGUUUAAAGAAAAAGCAGUCACUCAGUCAUAUGUGUAUUUGUCGUCCAGGAUUUGUUGGUGACGGUUUCUCAUGCAAAUCAGAUUGCGUUGCACGAGAAUGUCAACCAUUCAGUAGAUGUAUACAUAAUAUCCCAAGAGGUAUCACUGAAUGUGUUUGUAUUGAAGGGACAAUACUAUCUGGUACACGUUGUCACUUGGAUGUAUAUAAAACAUUGGAACAAGAAAAAGAUUUACCUCAAUUUAUUGUAGAUCAUGAUCAUUGUCUCUCAUCAGAAACACAAUUAGCUUUGAGAACAUUGAAUCCACCAAAAUACUUUUACAUAUUUGUCCCAUCCAAUAUAAUUCGAAGUUGCACAGAUGUUAAAGAGCACAUAGUUGUACGAUCAAAACCCUUGACUAUAAAUGAACUUAAAUAUGCUACAGUUCAAUCACCGAUUAAGUUAAUCACUGAAAAUAAUACUGUGAUUGAAGUAUAUCCCAUGAAUGGUACACUUAUGAUCGAUGGUCACCUAGCUCAAUUUGAAACUGUGAAAUUUGUCAAUGGUGAAUUAUACUAUUUAUCCAAUCCAUUAAAACGUACAGUGCAUAUUUACAAACUGAACAGUUACAUUUUUAUAUUGAUAACUAUAUCCAUUCUAAUUAUAUGUGGAUUUAUAUCAUUGGUUUUAUAUAAAGGUAUACAAUGGUAUAGAACUGCAAGUAUGAGACAAUUCCAUCGUCUACCUAGACAAGUUUUUAUACAUCGAGCAUUUUGGAAACAACAAACUGACGAUAUCCUCGUAGAAGAAACUGAAGAUCAUGCCAGUUCGUAA